AUUUCCAUUUCCAUUCCAUGUCCAUUUCCAGCAAGACAUGCAAGCUUGCGGCUUCCUUGCCAGCCCCAACGUUACGUUUCGAAUAAACAAAAGUUGCCUUGGUACAGCUGCUUCAAUCCGGCUUCCUUUCGCACCUCCUACAGCUCAUCCACUCCUCCUGCGCUCUGUCUCGUCGUCAUUGAACCCAGCUCCUCUGCGCAGUCCAUCGGCUACUGCACCAUGUCUUGGUAAUACCUGCUUCAAUGCCAUGGAUUGCUCGCCCGCUGAUAAAGACAGGAGCGGAGGCCAGGGGAAUCCUUUCCUUGGUGGCCAUGAGCGCCCGCGCGUUCCCAGCUGCAACUGGCCAGGCACUGCAGCCUCCCAUGGCGGCCUUCGAGGUUCCUCUAUAACGUCCCAUGGCGCUAUCCCCCACGUGCGUCCCGGCAGCGGUCGAGCGUAUCGAGCAAACCCCGCCUCCGUAGUGGGACGCGCGCCCGCAAAUUCUCUUCCUUCUCGCGGCGGCUUCUAUCGCGAUGUCGGGGCCGACCCGAUGAGCCUCUAUGGGGAGUCAGCGACCGCCAGGAACCCUGGCCCGCCUCCCGACCGCCGACAGCAAGCCAGCCCUGCCAUCACUGGUAUGGCAGCAGGCAACAGUACAUACUUCGGUGCGCAUAUCCGUCGCCCAGCCGCAGCUGCCAGCGCUCAGGGGUUUCCAGCCCUUGCCCUCUCUAUAGGGGAGGCUUAUCGCCCAUCGAACCACACCCUGGGACGGCAACGCUUUUACGAUGACGGUCUCGACCGGGAUGAUCACUAUGGUGCAACCUCGUACCUAAAUCAUGAAGAGUUCUACGAGCCGUACGAAGACGAGCUUCAUACCGAGCCUUACCAAGGCGAGCUCCAUACCGAGCCGCACGUGUUGUUCAACGAGCAAGGAACAACGGAGCGUUUCCAUGCCUCUCUUGAUAGGCGAAGAGUUGCUUCGCCAGAUUUCUUCAAUGACCAUAACCGGCCGACUCAUUCCCUUUCAUUGAUGCAUCAACCUCACGAAGCCAGCUUCCCGGCGGGACCAAGGCGUGCAUUGAAUGUCAGUGCAUCUUUUACAAGCGCGGCGCGGCCAUCGUCAUUGAGAUCUCGCUCGCGUCUGCGCCUUCUCGAGGAAUGUCCCACGGAGCUGAAUAGCGAGUCCUUCUUCCACUCAAAGUAG